AUGAGCAUCUCUGCAAAUUGUGUUUGCUGCCACAGAAAUAGACACCUUCUAGUUUCGUUGCUGUUUCUUCUGGUUUCAAGCUUGACUCACGUUAGAUUCAUGGCUGCAGAAGCAAGGUCCUUUUCCAGGUUACUCGAGGUUGAUCAGAAAGGAAUUGAAGAGGAGAAGAAGACAAUGGUGAUGACAAGUCUGAUAGGGUCAAGACCACCAAGGUGCGAGAGAAGGUGCGGUUCCUGCCCACACUGUGAGGCAAUUCAAGUUCCUAUCACAACACAAUCCCAUAACCGCAGAACCCGCCAAUUCUCAGCUGCAAUAUUCACAAUUCCUUACUCUAGAGGUGAUGACAUCUCCAACUACAAGCCCAUUAGCUGGAAGUGCAAGUGUGGAAACCUGAUUUUCAAUCCUUGA